AUUUUACCCCAACCAUCCACCAAUCAGAGCACAGCCUGCUGCAUUUAAGGAGUGUUUAUUCCAGCCAAGAGAAAAACACACACACUUACACUCCCACAUCCACGAAGGAAGCAUAACUGGAGCUCGCAUUUGGAUCGGACUGGAAGUAUCUGAGAUGAGGAUGAGGGAUGUUCUAGUGGUGUUGCUGGUACUGCUGAUGUCAACACACUGCACAGCGAGCAUUUCCAGCAAAAAGCUUCUCUCCAAGAUAUUAGCUCGCAAAAAAGCUCCACAAUGUCUGAAUGGAGGAAGAUCAAUCUCACUUCUGGAGGAACAGCAUCUGUUCUGUUUGUGUCCAAAAGGCUUCAGCGGAUCCAGCUGUGAGAUCGAUGACUCUGCAUCCUGUAUUGUUGGUAUGGGUCUGCAGUACAGGGGUCCGGUGGGUCAGACAGAGAGUGGGCGGAAAUGUCUGGAAUGGAAUCCGGAAAGCAGCCGGAGUGUAUUUGGGGCAGACAGUCUGACUUUGGGUCUGGGACGACAUAACCGCUGCAGAAACCCGGAUUACAGCAGGAAACCCUGGUGUUAUGUAAAGGGCCCGUCUGGAAGAGUUAAAGAGUACUGCAGCAUUCCAGACUGCCUCCAACAAUCAGGCUGGCGUUGUGGAGAGAGUUCUGGCCGAAGGUUGAAGAUCGUGGGCGGGUCUCUGAGUGCAGUGGAGUCCCACCCCUGGAUGGCUGCAGUGUUCUGGAAGUCACAAAAUCAGCAGCGAGUGUUCCGCUGUGGCGGGAGCCUCAUCGCCCCCUGCUGGGUCCUCACUGCAGCGCACUGCUUUCCUGACGGAUCUCACACUAAUAUUCGGAGUCUACUGGUGGUGCUGGGGAAGAAAGCCCUAAAUGAAACAGACCAGCAAAAAGAGCAGGAGUUUAGAGUGACGGAGCUCCACACUCACCAACACUUUGACGACACUAACAACAACUACAACAACGACAUCACGUUACUGAAGAUCAGUGGUCAGGAUGGAGCGUGUGCGGUGGAGUCUAACUCAGUGAGGACAGUGUGUGUCCCCCCUGCUGAUACCUCACUUCCAGACGGGACGUCCUGUCAGAUCGCUGGAUACGGGAAAGAACAGCAAGGGCUGUGGUAUUACUCUCAGUACCUGAGGGAGGGGAAGGUUAACCUGCUGUCACAGGAAGUGUGUUCCAGUGACAGUUACUAUGGGAAGAUGAUCACAGAUAACAUGCUAUGUGCUGCAGCUCCAGACUGGAACGUGGACACCUGUAAGGGGGACUCUGGGGGUCCGCUGCUGUGCAGUAUGAAUGGUACAGUGUAUGUGUAUGGAGUGGUGAGCUGGGGUGAAGGAUGUUCCAGAAAGUUCCGGCCCGGAGUUUACACCAGAGUCACCAACUACCACCACUGGAUCCUACAGAGAACCAGCCAGCUCCCCAAAACGCACACACCUACACCUACACACCUGCAGGAGUGACCACACACACACACACACCUGCAGGAGUGACCAAACACACACCUGUAGGAAUGAGAACACGCACUCACAAACUUUACAAACUCUCUCUUUAUAAAAGCUCAGUUAAAAAUCUUACCACUGAAAGAAAGAUAAGGUUAGUCCACUAUAAAAUAGUGCAGUAAUUGAUUACAACUUAUUAACAUUUAGAUAUUUUAUUUUGUCCUUAUUAUUCAUUUUAUUAUUAUUAUUAUUAUAGUUUUUUAUUCUUUUAUUGAUAUUUUUAUUAUGUGAAUUAGUUUUGCCAGUUUUAAAGUAUUUUAAAGUAUUUUUAGUACAUUUUUAUCUUCUGAUCCUGCUAUAUUUUAUUUGUCAUUUUGACUUAUUUUUUAUGUUUUAUGCUUAAUGUUUUCCUUAUAUUAGUUAAACUUUCAUAUCAUUGUAACUUGUAAUUUAAUGGAAAUGUAAAGAGUUUGAUAAUAAAAUACAUAAACUGAACUUUUACUGUUGCAACAAACUCUGCACUGUAAACUCAAUGAAGGCAGUCUGAGACGCUUGGUCUGGGAGAACGGGGUGGGUCUACCAAAAGAGGAGAGUCUGGUUUGGCUUCUGGUCUGUACUGCACAGACUUUGGUUGCAUCUUUAACAACAUGGCGGACAUUAUUGUUGUUAGAUCCACACCGUCC